AGUACAAUACAAGCUCGAGGACACAAGCCUACCUGGAAAUCUAUACUCCUCUUCUUCUGAGCCACACCUUUUCUGGGACUUUCUGGGACCUGUGACUUCCGGUGGAUACCUGGUCUUAGGACACCGACCACACGGAGAAGCAGAAGCCAUGCCUCUCACCGCUCCUGCACCUUCUAACAAGAGGAAGAAGGCCAUCAAGAUCAUCACUGACCUGUCUAGCGUCAGCCAGAAUGAUGAUGAGUGCGACCCCGAGGCCUCCGAGCUGGACCUGGGCACCAAGAUCAAAAUGCCAAAGGACACCAUGCUGGAGGAGCUCUCCCUGAACAAGAACAGGGGCUCCAAGAUGUUCAAAAUGAGGCAGCAGAGAGUGGAGAAGUUCAUUGUGACCGCCCAGAACAAGCAGAACCUCGAGAAGCUGCUCAUGUUCCCUCCCCCUGUUGCCCCAAAGCCCGAGAAGGCCAAGGACGAAGUGAUGGAGCACGCGAUGGACGAGGAGGCGGAGAACGAGAAGAGGAGGAAGGAGUAUGCACCCACCUACAUUUCCCCAUGGGAACGGGCCAUGAAGGGCAACGAGGAGCUGACAUCCACCAUGAAGGCCUACAUGCCGGGACCCAUCCAGAUGCACAGAGAAAUGCCUCUGUACAAGAGCUUCAACAGGACGGCGCUGCCAUUCGGCGGCUACGACAAGGUGCCCAAGAAGUUGACCUUCGAGUUCCAAGAGCUCAACGGUGGCUCUGAGGAGCCGGAGCCCUGGCCCAGCAUGCAGGCCAACAUCGGCUCACGGCCCUCAUUCAACCGCACGCCCAUCGGCUGGGUCUGCAGUGAGGACAACCCGAACAUCCACAUGGACCUGGACAGCGUCCCCUUCGACGGAGAGACGGACGACCUGUGAACACACACACACACACACAGGCAGCGCAUGCACUGUAACUCAUAAACAUACAUAAGAAUACCCUCUCACAUGAGUGAAUACAUGUGAGCAUACACUGACAGCAUAAGCACUGUUAGAACCGCUGAGACUCGAUGAAGGGCAGAGUGUCCCUCGUCUUCUGUGUGCUUUCUACUCUUUUCGUCCCCAACUCUGAGUUUUACAAUGAUUUAGCCGGCUGUAAGCUGUUGUAAGGCCUGUGUGAAUAGAUACAGACGAGCACUCUGCACUCUUAACCCUUGUGUUGCCUUCGGGUCAUUUUGACCCGAUUCAAUAUUUAACCCUCCUGUCGCCUUCGGGUCAAUUUGACCCGAUUCAAUGUUUAAUGUCGGUGUUCUUUCGGGAGUCAACAAACAAACAUAAAGUACCUCACACUUAAACUUGGAAAACAAUAUUAAUUCUAAUAAUUUUCUGGAGAUUUUAAUAGCUGGGGUCAUAUUGACCUCAAGGGUAAAAUAUGUUAGUAAAUAUAAAGGUAACAGGAGGGUUAAACAUUGAAUCGGGUCAUAUUGACCCGAAGGCGACAUGAGGGUGAAACAUUGAAUCGGGUCAAAUUGACCCGAAGGCAACACAAGGGUUAAGACAAUGUAUUUAUGAAAUAAAGUUUGCCUGGACAUAA